AUGCGGGCAUCGAUAUACAUGUCAGAAAAUGUGUCAGUACCCAGAGCGGGCAUCGAUCUCUAUGGCAGGAAAUAUGUCAGUACACAGAUCGGGCAUCGAUAUACAUGGCAGAAAAUGUGUCAGUACCCAGAGUGGGCAUCGAUAUACAUGGCAGGAAAUGUGUCAGUACCCAGAGCGGGCAUCGAUCUCUAUGGCAGGAAAUAUGUACGUACACAGAGUGGGCAUCGAUAUACAUGGCAGAAAAUGUGUCAGUACCCAGAGCGGGCAUCGAUCUCUAUGGCAGGAAAUAUGUCAGUACACAGAGCGGGCAUCGAUAUACAUGGCAGAAAAUGUGUCAGUACCCAGAGUGGGCAUCGAUAUACAUGGCAGGAAAUGUGUCAGUACCCAGAGCGGGCAUCGAUCUCUAUGGCAGGAAAUAUGUACGUACACAGAGUGGGCAUCGAUAUACAUGGCAGAAAAUGUGUCAGUACCCAGAGUGGGCAUCGAUAUACAUGGCAGGAAAUGUCAGUACCCAGAGCGGGCAUCGAUCUCUAUGGCAGAAAAUAUGUCAGUACACAGAGUGGGCAUCGAUAUACAUGGCAGAAAAUGUGUCAGUACCCAGAGUGGGCAUCGAUAUACAUGGCAGGAAAUGUAUCAAUACCAAGAGUGGGCAUUGAUCUCUAUGGCAGGAAAUGUGUCAGUACCCAGAGUGGGCAUCGAUAUACAUGGCAGGAAAUGUCAGUACCCAGAGCAGGCAUCAAUCUCUAUGGCAGGAAAUGUCAGUACCCAGAGCAGGCAUCAAUCUCUAUGGCAGGAAAUGUGUCAGUACACAGAGUGGGCAUCGAUCUCUAUGCCAGGUGA